CAGAUACAGAUACACUCAAUCGUUCAACCCGAGGUGAUCGCGUUGCGAGAAUAGUAUUCUCAAACACAUAUAUACUAUAUAUACAGAUGUAUAUAUGUAUAUUUUAAACUGUGAAAGUUAUUAACAGUGACAUUGAAUAUAUAAAGAAAGAACAGUUUAAUUAAUUUCAACCAAUAAAUUGAUACGAUAGGCAGAAUAAAGAUACUAAACCAAAUGUACUAUCUUGUGGCGUACAGUUAACUAAUUUUGCAGCCGAAAGGCUGCUAUUACGACACCAAAACGGACGGUACAUACAUAAAAGACGUGCAUACAUAUGUACAUACAUACAUAGUUACAUAUCAAAAAUAGGGCUAUAUGGAGGCAAGCCAAAAACCAACAACAACAACAAAAACGACAACGACAACGGCCACAUUCAUUCAACCCACCCAAAAUGCCAACCCAAGUACAGAAAAUCGAUAUUCUAGUCAAAUUUUAACUGCUUGGUGCUGCUUACCUGAAACGCUAGCGUGUUUUUAGUAUAUUGAAGACCUUUUCACCACUCGCACUCGGGUCGAAAAUUGUUCACAUUUUGUAUUUGGUGUGCUUUGUGAGAUCCAGAAACAUACAUACCUACUAAAUAUCAUAUUAAGAGAUGGUCAACGGUAACACUGGAACACUAACCAUGCGUCUUGUCCGUAGUAAACUGCGUAAGCGCGAGGAGACGCUAAGUGCUGCCACCACAAAUGCAACAACCACCAUUGAAAUCCAUGAGGAGAAUGCCAACACGGAGCAGCCAAGUAUGGAACAUCAGCAGCAGUGUCAAUCCAAUCCAGAGUCCAAUAACAAUAGCAAAGCAGCAAUAGUUAAGAAUAAUAAAAAUGGCCAACAAGUUACUUUUGUACGAACCCAAGGAACGGGGACCAAUGACCAUGUAAACGUUAUUGAUAAUUCUGAGUGGACGUUUCCUCCAAAAGCGCCAACACCACACAUCUACCAUUGCAUUAACCCGGAGUUAUUGGUAGACAAAAGUAGCUUUAAAGGAUUCCGUAAACAAUUCAGUGGACGAUUCAAACGAUUGGUAGCUCGAAAACCGGAACCUGCGCCAGUGAUACCUCCCGAAUUAAAGCCACAAUUAAAAACAAUAUACGUUUAUUAAACUUAAAGUUGAAGAAAGUUUAUUUAAUACGUAUGCACAAAAGUGGACAUAGUUGGAUAUUAUACUACUUUAUUAAGCUAACCACUGCUUUGUAUUAUUAUUUGCAAGACUUUUUAGUAAUGAUAAUACACAAAAACAUAAAAAACGACAAAAAACAACCUGCAUAUACAAAAUUAAACAAAAUACUAGCUUAAAUUCUUUUUAAGCUUAAUUAACUAUGUACAUUUAAGCAAAUAUUGUAUUAUUAGUUUACGAAAAUACAAGAAAAGAAAAAAACCA